AUGUUCCAGUUGAGUGUGGUUUUUUCUUGCGGUGAGGCCAUCACAGAAGCACAAGCGAUGUGCAGUCGUGUGGUCAGCGUGAAGGAUUUGAUGAUGCCGGCCUCGCAUCCACAGUAUGACAAAGACAUGGAGAUUCUGAAGAAGCAGGAGGGGAACAAGGCCUGGCAAGAGCUCAGAGACAAGGCCCUGCAUGGCACCAACGCCAAUGGUUUCCCUGCUUGGAAGGCGCAAGCGGCGCGCUGGUGUGAGAACUUGGGGAUCGAUGUGAACAGGCAUCGUGUGUGGACCAGCCGUCCAGAGUUUCAGGGCCACGGUUUGCCCAAGGGUGAGCGUGUGCAAUGCUUGUUGAACUUGGUGGCGCUUCAGAAGUGGUAUGAGCAACCGAAUCAUGCAAAGCUGAGCGAGGUUGAUUGGCCGAAGCUCAUGAGGAACGUGUAUGUUGACUGGAGCCAAAAUCCAGUGCGAAAGGCCUACUCUGGCAAGCAUGGUGAGUUGAACUGCUUGUGUACGUCUUCAAAUAUCUACAGCUUCCAGGAGGAUCGUGCAUUCUUCCCAGUCGAAUACCUGAGGCUUCAGGGAUGGGGUUUCGAUGUCAACAUUCCUGAUGAGAGCCUCCCGAAAAUCAGAGAGAUGUCGGUUCUGCUGGCUGGCCGCGUCCCACAGGAAGAAGAGUGGGCGUCUUUCAACAGCAAGAGCCAGCCCACUGGACUGUGGUGCCUUGUGCACGCGAGGGUGGCUGCGCAGCUCUUCCCAGACUUGGGGUUGGAGCAAGUGGCAAGCCUGUACCACGAGGACUCUGAGGCGGGCCGCUCGGCUCGCAAGCUGGUUGAUGAAGGUGCUACGAACGUCAAAAACAACGUAGCCUUCACUCUCCCAGCGACCGUGUCGUCCGUUGCACAGCAACGCGUUCGGAUGGUUUUCGAACUGGCCUUUGCAACUGAGAGCGACAUCGUGCGCCUGACCGGCCGGUCAAGCAAGUACCUGAAACUCACUGAGGUGAUGAUGCAGCCUGAACAGCGUGGUCACCCUCACCUCACAGGCUUCUUGCUGAACCUCCGUGGGCUCCCCCUCGACGAGAUCUUCUCUCUUCGCCGGGUGCAGGUGUACAAGGACACCUCUCUGAUCCUCAAAGAGGAUAACUUGCAGCCGGACCAGAUGUUGCACGAGUCGCAGCCUGGAGUCUUGUUGCAGUUCCUGUCGCGCAAGCAGUCCGAGAACUACCCCAAAGAGUUUUUGGGUGUUCGGUCCCGCACGGUGCCGCCUACCCUGGAGCAACUGAAGUCGAGGGCUUUGGAGUUUGAGCAGGCUGCAGCUGCAACGGCCGCAGAUGAAGAAGAUGAAGAGAUGGAGGAGGAGGGCCUCGCCGAAGAGGACCUGCAGGAUGUGAUCAUGCAGUCCAAGCCAACGCGUGGGGAUUUGCAGACUAUUUUUGGGCAUGCCAUGGCCGUGGGUGAUAGCCUUUGCGCCUCCUUCUUCACGGAUGCUCUCUGUGAGCUCUUGUCGGGUGGCCAGGACACCUCCAAUGUUGUGAAGUGCAUCUUUUCCAAGAUCUUGCAGGACAACCAUGCAGUGUCUGAGGCUGACCUGAGCUGGGUGCCACAGCCUGUGCAGGCAGCAAUGAAGCGCAUCCGCCAUGUGACAGCUGCCUUUGUCACAGUGCUUGAUCCUGCUGAAUGCGUGGAGGCUGCCGGCAUGGACGACUUGCAGAUGGUGAAGAAGGAUGAGUCCGGCCACAACAUGAUGGUGACUGCAAAGGCCCUGCUGUUUGGAGCUGGCGGCUACUACAACAUGCUGUCGCAGGAGAUGGAGCAGAAGGCAGGGUCCUCCCAGGCCAUCAAGACCGAGUACAACAACAUGCUUGAUGAGGUCAAGGGCAUGAAGGAGCGCAAGGAGGACAUUGAUUUAAUUUUCUUGAAGAAAGUCCUCCUGCGCUUCCCGGUCUUUGUUGAGAAGAUGAGGGAUGGUGCCACCAAGCAGCUUGGCCAUCUUGUUCUUCGUGAGCUGCAAAACCUUGCGAACGAGAUCCUGGCCAAGGAGGGCGCAGUUGAGGGGGAGCAGAACCUUCCAAGCCCUGAUACCAUCAGUACCGUCCUCAAGGGCCUGGAGCUCUUCAUGCAAGAGAAGGGUGUUGUGGAGUUGCUGCAUCGCCUGCAGAAGUUCAAAGAGGCCGCCGGCACGUCUUUGGGAGUGCAAGGAUUCCUCGAAGCUGUUCAGCGCUGCGUGCUUUCACAGUCGGAGGGCAUGGCUGACAUCCUGCGCAAGCUUCCCAUCAAGGAAGUGACGGCCGCGUUGGAUGGCAUUGGUGGUUUGCCUCAAACUUUGCCACCCACAGCAGCUUGA